AUGUCUCAGUGCGCGGUACCUGCGCGGCGCGGCACGGAGCCUCCGGUCCCCAGGCGCCACAGCCACUUCACUAACCCCCUGUACCAGACCGUGGCGGUGAUUAACUGCGCGCACCUCCAAACUAUCAUUUAUCUCCGCGAGUCACGACUGAAAGGCGCUAAACUUACAGGCAACUCUCCCUGCCUCUCUCGCCGUCUUUGUUUCCCUCCCGCUGGAGGAGGCGGGCUGGGACGUCGGCGUAGCCCUGCGCACAGCAGACGGGCACCUGUACCUGUCCCCACGGCCGCCCCGGCUUUAUUCAUAGCCCGGGGGCAGCGCGGCGGGUUCGGGCGCCGCGGAGCUGCCGGGGACUGCCCGGGCCGGCGCCCCCCGGCCGCGGGGAGGGGGCAACGGGGGGCGGCGCGGCAGCCGAGCUCCCAGUCCGAAAAGCCUUUCCCCGAGCGCAGCCUCCCGCCGCCCCGUCUCAGCGCCGAGCCCAGGGCCGCUGCGGGCUCGGCCCGGUGUCCGGGGCCGCGCAGCUCCCGGGACCCCCGCGGGAGCCCGCGCAUCACAAGUUCCACCGCGCGCCCGCUUUCAAGGUGGGGAAACCACACGGAGAAAGAAAACGUGAGCCUUCUCCCCGUCUGCACCUGGAAACAGAAAGCGAAUCAUGCCACGAGCCUUUGCAUUUUAAAGCGGAGUAACAAACCCACAGCGACGUGGAUGCCCCGGUUGCCCGCCCAGGGCUGCCUCCCCACCGGCGGGACGAGGGCUCCGCGAUGCCCCCGGGAGUGCAGGAGCCGUGCGUGCCAUCCCUGUCCCGGCGCUGCGGGUCUGGACUUUCCCUUCCUUCCCCGGGAGCCCGUCCCUCCGCGUUAG